AUGAGAGACUACUCUGCGACUCCGAGCAACGGGGGCGCGUGCAUGCCGUGCUGCCAAUUAUGCGUCUUCAUCUUUACCGCAUUUCUCCUCGUUGCGGAGAGGACGGCAAGUGAGUCCUACCUGGGACACCUACACACACAUUCACGCGCACACACAUCCCGCAUACACUUAGGACAACCGGGUGUCACUAACAGUAGUUAUGAUCAUGAUGUGCUGGUAUGUCCUCGUGCGCUCUGUGGUUAUUUUACUUUAUUGGCGUGAGCGUGCAUGUGUGCGCGUGCCUUGUGGGCAGUGUGUGUGUUGGUGGGGUACAGACAUAGUCAAAUGAGUCAGGAGGUUAUUUGAUGUCACUGUGGUCCGUGAAAAAAUCUGCAGUGACCAAAUACAGACCUUCAUAGAAAGUUUACAUUUGUUUCCACUAUAUGAGCUGUCUGCUGGUGUGUUGUCAUGAAUAAUAGAGCCAGACCAGAGUCUGCAGUCAGUACUGCUGCGCCUUUCUCCUAUUUUUACCCGCUGCACGUUAUGAAAUCUGGUAUGCAGCAAAACUGCAGACUCAUGCAAGAGUUUUUAAUCUUUCAAACUGCAUCAUUUCAGCUUCUGUGCGAGGUUUCCUCUUGGAAAAACCAAAGGGGAGCCAUGUUGUCAUAUUUCAGCGCGCUCUUUUUUUGGAGGUACAUGAAUGGACGAGGGGAUGGGCGUACCCCGGGAUGGAUGGGGGCCUAGUCUGCCCGGACAGCCCGCCCGUUUAGCAGCUCUAACGGUUCAGAUUACAGAUGGAUGGAGGGAGAGAGAGAGGCAGAGCUGCAGGGCCUCAGACAGUCUGGUGAUCUGAAGAGUGAAAGCAGGGGGGAAAGCGGAGACAGUUGUCAAUAAAACCAGGCUGCUGGGAUGGAGUGAAGAGUAGAGGUCAUAUGAAAAAGUGUGGACACAAACAAAAUACACAUACAAACACAUACACUUUUGGCCAUCAGCCACUCAAGGUUACUACCAGUGUAAACACUACAGCUUUCAGUGUCAUAGAAAUACACCCAGACUGCUGCUAAUUUACACUAUGUGCAUGUCAUUUUGGGGAUUCUUUAAUCUUGAUUCUCAUUGUAUUGUGUGCACAGACAAAAUGCCCAAAUAAGCUCGAAAAGAUGUUACUUCAGUACCAAAAUGUUACUACAAAUAAAGGUCUUAUCAUUCAAGCCAUAAGCAAAAGACUUACAUGCGAAUACAGUUGUAAAAGUAGAAGUACCUUAAAAAUACACAAGGACGUUUUCUGUCAGAGUUAAGUCAGCAAAUAAAACCCUUUUUUAUCAAUACAAAUGCAUCAGUAAGCCAAUUCAAUUAGCUACGGAGUAAAGUAUUUGAAAAACCAUAAAGUGUAUUUCUAAUGGAAAAAAUGGUGAAUCAGUAAUGUAAAAUGUUCAAAGAAAAAGUUCAAGUGAAUUUCAGCUAUAUAACAUGAAUUCUUGAAUUCUUCCCCCAGUUAUCUACUGCUUUGUGUACUAUCUGUGGGUGGGUCACAACUACUGCUAUGCCUACCUUUCUAUCUUCACUGCACUGUUCCUGCUGCCAGGUGAGUGAGCGCCAGUGAAAACUGAUAAUAUAGAUAAAAACGUUGAUUGACUGCAGAUUGAUAUCCAUUCUUUUCCCUCUGGGUGUCUAAGGUUGGGGUGCUCAGUGGCUCAGUUACAUAUGGUACCUCUCAGAUGGACGCAUCCGCCGAAAGUCUCUCACUUGGACACACAUACUGCACCUGGGUAUCUUCAAAAGGUGAGCUGGCUUUAUGUGUGUGGAAAGCAAAAGAGAGGGUAUAUGCUUUGUUUUACUGAUGAAUGAUCAAUAUCAGUGAUGCCCAAACCAUCUCUAAUGGCAAUUAUGGAGUGCUGGUUGGGUUGGAGGCAAUAACAGUUCAAGUCUUGCAAAGUACUGGUCUGAUAGUGGUCAUGAUAAUGGCUUUUAUUCUUCAUCUCUUCCUUCUCAGGCUGUGGGAGUGUAUGCGUCUGCAGGAUGAGGAUGUGUAUGGUGAGAUCAUGCAGCAGGCGGAUGUGUCUGCAUUACGCCUGUUUGAGGCAUUAGUGGUCACCCUGCCUGAGACUCUGCUGCAGACAUAUGUGCUCAUCUGUACUGACAUAGGAAUCAAGUCUCCAGGUAAGGAGAAAUCUAAUAUGUGUUUGAGAGUGAUGAAGACUGAAAUGGCACACAGAAUUUUGUGUGUUUUCUAGCAAAUUAAUUGAAACGUGUUAUGCAUGUCAUUUACUUACACAACUUUCAUGGCGGAAGGCUGCCAAAACUUUCCAAGUGGGCGGAAAAAGAGAAAAAGCUCUAAAUGAACACCAUAACAGCCAAUAUGUGUAGGAAGAUAUUAGAAAGUUCUCUGUAUCGAUCCCCAAUUGGCCCAAACAAAGCUAUAAAUGCAGAUAUAAAUCUGACCAAUUGGCCAUCGCCUCCCUCCUGUUCAAGAUGCUGACAUGUCUUCUCUUCCCUCUUCAGCGUCAGUGUGUUUUGCGGUCUGUUUGUUAUCUCUGGCCUGGGCUCUGGUCCUCUAUGCCCGAGCCUGUUCGCUCAUCAGACCAGGACACCUGCAAAUGACUCCUGCUGCCAUCCUCUGUCGACUGGUGUGGAGGGUGAGUGCAUUUAGAUAGUCUUCCCCCUCGAAUGCAACACUAAUCAGUUCAAUCAUAUGUCAGCUGUCUGCAGCUGCUGUAGUUUUGUUUGUGUAACAGGUUUAUUUUUCUGUCUACAGGUUGCAAUGUUGGGAUCUCGACUUGCAGUUCUGAUGCUCUUCACACGCAUCUUCAAACAAUGGAUCCUGGGAGUCAUUGGUGAGUCCACAUGCACAGGCUUAACCUCAGAGCUUUAAAUGAUCAGACAUACCGUCAGUCUAUGAUUGGACAUGGUAAGAACAGGGUAUUUUUUUUGUCUAAAACAUCUUUUUCUGUUGUUGAAAAUGUUGCUGUUUGCAAGAACAGUUGUUAAUUGGAUUUGUUGUAUGUGAAUCUGGUUAGGUGUGCACUGGCUGGGGGCAACUUUCUGGAUGGUGUCUCAGCAGACUGACAUCAUACGAUCAACAAACCGAUGGAGAAUCUUCAACCUGGUCCUGGGAGCCAUUCACGUUUUUCUUUUCCUGAAUGUGAAGUACGGUCAAUCCAGAUACCGCAUGGCUGGCUUCUACCUGGUAUGUAUGUGUGUUAUUGGAAAGUUCACGGAUGUUUUGACAAUGAAAUAUAACAGACACACAACAUUUAAUUCUGAUUAAUUAAAUUAAGACAGAUUUUGAGAUGUUCAGUCAAACCACUGAAUAUUUUCUUCUGUAGGUAAUGUUUUUAGAGAACGCUUUUCUUCUGCUGGCCUCCUCCUGGUUGUUCACCAUGAUAUCUUGGGAUACUGUUGGGAUCCCAGCCGCAAUCUUCUGUAGCUUCCUGAUUGGUGAGAAACCUUUGCGUGGAAAUUGUUCAUAUGUAAUGCGCAUGUAUUGAGAUGGCAGGCUAUCGGUUAAUUUUCUAAUGUAUUUACCCACCUCCAUAUCUUUUGUCUCCUCCUGUCAUUUGUCUUACUUAGACGUGCACCGUUAUAUUAGCAGAACAUCUGUAUCCAUAGAUAUUGCCACGUUGACAGACAUGGACUCAUAAUAAGCCCUACUGUGUGUCUGUUUCUUAUUACAUCUUAUCUUUAUGGCGUAAAUGUGAUAUUGUCAAGCUAAUACACCUGUGAGCUGAUUCAAAGAACAGGAUUUUUAUCAUCUAUAGAAAAAGUCUCCUGUUGGAGUUUUUCUCAUUUAUUUCCACAGUCAAACAUACAAGAACAUACUAGCAGUGUUUGGGUUAAUUGUCUCUGAGAAUGAUUCGUGACAUGCAGUUUAUAAGAUAUGUUCCAGUGAUAUACUGAAGACGUUCAUUUGGCCUGCUGAUGAUACAUUUUUAAAACGGUUCGUCUAUAAAGGCCAGAAAGGUAAAAAUGUUUGUACCUGACAAGUUUCAGCUACCUUGCUUCUGCAGCCUUCAUCAGAGGUGUCACAUGCUGUUGGUGUGAGGUCAUCUGUGAUGAGUUGUAUGGGAGAUGGUGGGAUGGCAAAACCCAUACAACUCAUCACAGACAACGUCACACCAACAGCACAUGACAUCUGAGAAAAAGUUGGUAUUAGUUCUUUUUGUUUUUUUCACAACAUUUUCUCUUGUCACACUCUCUCUGUUUCUCCAAAUCCCUCCAGGUGUGAUAGCAUUGGUGCUGUACUAUCGCUUCCUCCACCCAAAGUCCUUUGAGAUUUUCCAGAGUAUUCGUCACAGGGGAAUAGGUGGAGCUUGUAUGGAGCGUGGAUCUACACUGUCUUUGGAGGAGAAAGGCACACCCUCUUUUCAUCGCCAAACAACAUUGUCAGGUCUGUUUACAUUAAUCAAUCAACCUAUCUAUCUAUCUAUUGAUCUAUCUAUCUAUCUAUCUAUCAUAACGAUUACUAUGGUCUUAUCUAACUAGGGGGCGGGACCCUCAUGGACCUCCCUAUCCAAUGGGAGGGCUGGAAGCAUCACCAUUGGUUACUGAUUCGUUUGGCCCUGAAGACAGGCAAUGUAGCAAGUAUCUGGUCUGCAUACGGUGAGGGGGGUCUGGCGGGACUGAUGGGUCUGACUGAAGAGGUCCACUCACCUGAUGAGAUCCGUGUCCCUCAGGUUUGUUGAGUUUUAUUGGUUCAAUGACCUGUUUGGAUGACGUAUCUUCUCACUGGUAUCUCUGCUGUCAUUUGUCAGAUUCCACCUAUUCAACCACCUGCUCCUCGGAUCUCACAGCCAGCUCCAGUUCCUCAACCAGCUCCACAACCAGCUCCCCCACAGGUGACCCAGGCUCCAUAGGCAAAUGUUUCAAAUGAAGAAUGCAGCACAUUUUUAAGAAAAGCUGUUGUGGACUCAAAAAGGAGACAAACUUGUUUUGAGGAGAACAUACACCGAUUUUUGACAGAUUUGCACACUUUUAAACUUAGUUCGGGCUGUCUGACUUCAAGCUGUAGUGUAUUGCUUUUAGAAGCUCUAUCAAGUGCUUUAAGAAUUGCUUCACAAAUAAAUUCAAUGCAGCACGAUCUUUGUUUAUGAAGGCUUUGCUAUAAAGUUGUGUAUAUACAGUGUGUGUGUGUCUGCAGUCUGAGACUGAGCUGACCGUCAUCUUGUCCUUAGGUGAGAGAGGUGAUCCAGCCUCCACAGCCAGCUCCAAGCACCGUGAUAGCGCGACCAGUCAGGAAAGCUCCCCCUACAACGAUCCAGGACAUGAGGAGGUUUCCAGAGAUCGUCCCCUUCCAGGAGGUCAUUCCUGAAGAGACUGCAGAAGACGAGUCCAGCGCUCCACUGUCAGAAGAAAAAGGUUUGAUGCUUGAUGAUCAGCAAACCCUGCUGGAGCACACACACUUGAAACAAAUGUACACUUCUACACACUUAGGUUCCAACAUCUUGAGUGUGGCAUUUUGAUGGCCACCAUCCAGUAUAUGAACCUUAAGAGAUCUGGUAUGGUACAUGUGGAGGAAAGUCCGCCUUUGAGAGUUUACUGUUCCAUCAAAAUAGUUUUUAUUGUGAGUUUUAUUACCCACACAGGUCUGCUGAGAUGGGGAUUCUGGCUUCUCACUGAGCCUUCAAAAGUCAGCUGAGUGCAGAUACUGCUUGACUUGUCUACUAACCAAAAUAAAGAGCAGUCAGCUAACAACAGAAAUGACACCAUGUCACAAAAUUUGAUUCGAAUUUGAUUUGAUUUGAAAUUUGAUUCAUAAAUCACCACAGAUUACCUCAGCUUUGGAGGGUUUUUAAGGAAACCCACAGAGAUUAUCACCGGGAAGCUGUCAGUCUCACCAAGCAAGUGGUUUUCGAACCUCAGUCCUAGUAUUACUGUAUGUGUGGUAUGGUACAGUUAGGUGUGGUAUGGUAUGGAAUCGUAUGGUAUGGUUUUAUGGUAUGGUAUGUACUGGCAGUGAUAUUGUGGUAUGGUCAAGAGUAUAAUAUAGACACAUGUAUUGUAUGGUUUUAUGUUUUUUUUAUAAAUGGUUCAUACAUAUGCUAUGGUGUUAUAUGGAUGUCAAUAUAUAGCUCUGCUGCCAUAAAAUAGAGACUUACAAUUAUACCACAUUUCUGCAGUCAUGUUCCUGCCAGCUGCACUAACAUCAGCCUCAUAUUCACUCUCACAGCGCUGUUAUUGUUUUCCACUACCAAGGGAAGUAUUUGCUUUUAAGCCACUGAAUUCCUCACUAUGGGCCUCAGCCAGUGGCUAGCUAGCUCUGGCUGCCUUGUGAUUUGUUCUUAGCAGGUAGCAAACUGUGCUGUUUUUGGCAGCAGGCAUAAACCACAACAGUAAGUCUGCAGGCUGGAAAACCGGAGCACUGAGGGUGUAAAGGUCUUUAGAGCUGAAAAGAAUCGCAGUCAGGUGACGAUUUUCUGAGGGUUAUUUUUAUAAGAGACCUCCUUCACAUACAAGUAAUCAUGUGAAAGGUUGAUUGAUUUUAACAGAUAUGAUGCGGCUUUACUGGAACUGUUCUUGCAGCAGCAAUUCUACAGAUCUGCUUUUUUUCCUAUUGAACGUUUGUGUCAGGCUUUACAGAAAUUAACCACAAUUCAACGUUUGUAAUUCAUUGAUAUUGUAUAUCUAAAGGUGAUGAGGACUUUCAGAGUGCUGCUUACGGCUCACCAACACCAUCAUCUCCAAGGCCAGGAAGCCUUCGGCACAUCGACAGCCAGGCAGCGACACUGACCGAAGCCUCGUCCUCUGUGUGCUCUUUGGACAUCAAGACCCCCGGCUGGUCACCAGAGCGGCGAUCCCCUCUUCUGAUUGGUUCCCCUGAGAAGAAACCAACGAUCCCUGGAGAGUCCAGCACCACUCUGUACUUCAGCGCUGAUGCACAGUCUCCCUCCAGUGGGAGCUACCUGGGCUGGGGCUCUGAGCUGUCGCCCAUCUCCACCUACAGAAGUCCCUACCGCAUCAGGGAGGCCCGUUUUAUCACCUCCACCCCUCGACUGGAGCCUCGAGCUGGAGCUGAAAGUCCAAGCCCUGCACCUGUGGUGAUAAUCCCUGCCACUCCUGGUACGACACCAGGUCCGACCCCAGGAGGAACCCCCAGUGCUUCUACACCCGUGGGUUCUACACCUGUCGGAUCUGCAUCUGCAGCUUCAACACCUGCAGCUUCUACACCUGUAGCUUCUACACCGGCUGCCUCAACUCCUGGUGCUUUGACUCCUGGUGGUACGACUCCUGGAGCUAUGACCCCUGGUACCCCCAUCGUUCCACUCACUCCGGUCAUCUCCCACGCUCGCAAACAGAUAGUGCAGUUUGUGGACAGCAGAGAGAGGAUGGUAUAA